UCGGGUCGCGCUAAAAGCUGACGUACAUGGCGGUUGACAAGAGAUUGUAGUGUAGCGCCAGGCUCUAAGACUAGCCCAACAGAGAUUAUGUUUCUGGGAUAAGAAAACAAACAGCAGAACAAAGCAUGGCGGUGUCAGGAUGGACCCGAAUAGCAUUUAUCGCAAUUAACUUUGUCUUCUGGUUACUUGGUCUGUUUGUGUUUAUAUUUAUAUGGUGGACGCUAGGUACCAACUCAGCACUCAGCGAAUUCUUUUCUGGAGCCUUUCUUCUUUCCUACACACUUGUAGCAGUUGGAGCAGUCAUUCUCGUAAUAGGUGUGAUUGGCUGCAUUGGCGCUAUUAUUGAGAGUCAGUGUCUUCUCCAAACAUAUGUAGGUUUGGUGACCACGCUUCUAUUUCUCGAGAUAGCCGGAGUAGUAGCAGCAUAUGUGCAGAAAGGACGUCUUCCAGAAUACACAAGAUCUGGUUGGAACGAAUUUAACCAGGAAACCAGGAACUUUCUGCAAACACAGCUCCAGUGCUGUGGGUUUGACAACUACACCAGCUACAACGCCACUCUAGAUACACUAGUAGACAGCUGUUUCAAACUGCCCGACAGCGGCACGGUGGUCACCAAGACCAACACGACGUUGUUGCAGGAUGGCUGUUAUAUAAAAAUAACAGGGUGGCUUAACUCUAAUAUCCCAAAAUGGGCCUCGGUGGCAGCAGCAGUAGCGUUUGUCCAGAUCCUGUGUUUGGUGUCAAGUUGUCUGGUGUUGAACAGAGUGCAUGAAGCCAACAGGGUAUCGGACGGAAGUCAAAGACCGCUACCAAUCAGCAAGCUCAACACAGGCCACGGAAACCACGUGUAUCCGGCAGGCCUGUCGCGGAAAAAGGAACGAUUCUAAUGUGUUUAUCAAUCUGUGAAAUGACACGUGCUUUUCAGAAUAUCAGACAAUGUGUGUUGGUGAAUGGGUACUUAAAUGUCAUUUUAAUUGUCGUUAUACUAUCUUUAAUUCAGACCCCUGAAGCGGUCAACUCGAUUAAACAUUCAUCUGUCAUAAAAGGUCAUCGUAUAAUGAUAUAAUACGUUCAUUCGUUUGUAGUUAUUUCUGUGCUUAUAUCCAAUUAAAGUUCAAGCACGCUGUCCAGGGCACACACCCGAGCUAUCGGGAUUGUCUGUCUAGGACAGAAGGUGAAUGGAUGGUUGUAAGUGGUUAGUGAGAGACACGACGGUGUAAUGGCCUUAUAUCUACUCAGACGAGACGAACCCAGUACCUACCAGCCUUGUAUCUGAUGGCUUAACCACCACGUCACUGUGGUUAAUAUAGUAAAAUGUUAUUUAUUUUAUGCAACAAACGUUAAUAAUGGCUGGUAAACGCAGAUUUGACUAUUUUAAAUUACGAUUUUCACUGAGAAAAUAUCAGACUUUGUUUUUUUUCAUAUUUUCUUUUAAAAAUCGUGUUUUCAAUAUGUAAAUUUGUUUUGAGUGGGUAGAUGUUUUAAAAAUCUUAAAUUACUGUCUUCGACCCGGUAAUUAAAUUAAAACAAAAUUUGGUUUUAAAUAUACUUGUAAAUAUUCGUACAUGCAUUGCAUCAUUCAAAAAUACGAUUAGUACACGAAACGAAGAAUUUUGUUUCGCCAUUACAUUGAAAACGCAAAGCAGGAAGACAUUGUUAUAUGGUGACUAAAUGUUGUUUGAGUGCAUACACAGAAACGAAUCUUAGAAAGGGGGGGGGGGGGGGGGGCAAAAUACCGUCCCCUUGUUUGGCUCUUUAAUUUUUUUCAACUGGGUUUCCCUUUUGACAAGUUGGUCCAUGCGUCCCUUUUAUCGUUAGAACCCCCCCUCCCCCCAGCAAUAUAUGUUCUGGAUCCGCCCCUAAUGCAUGUAAAGCCUUCGUAUUUUCAGAUGAAAUAGCUGGUCAUUAUUAUGUUUCUAUUUCUCUUCGAUUAUAAGUAUUGAACGCAUACCAUCCUGAUCUGUUAACCGUUUUUCUAUUGUGUGUUAUAUAUGAGUUGGUGCAGAGUACUAACGUUUACGUAACUUGUUUUUUCAGUUUGUAAACUAUCACAGUUUUGCAAUAAUUUGAUGAGUUAAUGCUACGAUGUAUAUAGAAUUAUAUGGUCUUUCAUUGAAAUGUGGGAGUCUGAAGUUAUAUUAACAUAGGCAAUAACCAUCACGAGAUGGCGCCCAUCCCACACCCUCGUUGGGCUAGCUCUCGUUCCAGCCAAUGGGAAGGUGACUAUAAAUGAUCACUUGCUAUUAAUGGAAAAAUGUAGGUUUCCUCUCCAAGAUGUUCUCAACGGUGCACUCUUUUUGAACUCACUCUGAAUGAUAUGAUCCCGGCACUGUUUAUAUAAAUAGGACUGAAGCCCCAAUCACCCAAUCUUGUAUAAUUAACGUCUAUGUUGAUAAAACUUCAGACGGGUAUAAUGAUUUGAAACUGACAAUCACUUUGUGCUUAUAUAAAUGUCGGCUAUUUCGAAUGAUAUGAUUUUGUAAUGUGUUAUCCGAUAGCAUUAUGUAAAAAGAAGAAAUUGUUACUUUAUCAUGAUGCAUUUACUAUAAAUUCAUUAAUUGUCA